AUGGGCUACCCCAAGUCGAGGCUUCGACACGCCCUUGAUGUGUACCACAGGGCCUGGCAACGUUCGACCUCCGCACUCAGAACCAAAGAGCGUCAUUUGCGCAAAGAUUAUCAGCUCCGACGAGUCAAGCCUACUUCCAACUUUGUGCAAGCCGUAUCUUGGUAUGAAGACGAUUCAUCCGAUGAAUAUAAUCCGAGCACAGCGAAGAGACGUCGACAUGCGGUCCGCAAAACAUCAAAAGUUAAACGAGCUAAACAUGAAACUAAGCCAGCAAUAUCAACUCUUACCCCAGCUCCUCAUGACAGAUCUUCCGGGGCUCCAGUGACUCUCAGACUGCGGUCCAAUGCUGGUAGGGUCCUCUUAGGGGACCUUGCCAAUAAAGAUUGUAGCACUAGCUACGAGACAAAAUCUUAUGCUGAGGCUGCUGCUGACACAAAAGGAGGCGUCACCAAGGGUGGUGCAAGCUGCAAUUCAAAUCAUGGACAACAACACGGUGCUCUUUCGGACAAGACGGGGUUGGAAAUACAAGAUGAAGAGGGUGACAAGGUCGGCGCAGGAACAAACCGCAGCGGUUUGAGGAGGAAUACGGAUAUUCUGGCGAAGAUUCGUGGAUGUACAGCGUGCCAGGAAGCCAAUAAGCGAUGCUCUGCGACAUGUAACGGGCUACCGUGCAAACGGUGCCAAACCGAAGGUGUAGAGUGUGCUGAGCACGGCCCGGAGGAGCCAAAGGGAUCUCAGGACGUCUCUGAUAUUGUUCCCGCCAACAUCCACCAGAACCCCUAUUCACCUGCUCAACCGUCACCUAUCCAGAUUAUUCGAGCUGCGGCAGUGGAGAUCCAACAAGCCCAAAGCGUGCUAGCUGGAGCUUCCAGGGAUGACCCAAUCAUUCUAGAUUCACCUCGAUCGUCGCCCGAACCCGUAUCACAGAACGAGGUAUUCACCAUACAAACCCCGUGGGCCCACCCGAUCAAUUUCAAGUAUUUGGAAACGUCAGAGCAGCCAUGUCACUUUUGCCACGAUUUUAGAUACGGAAUCUACGGCUAUGGUCCCAUCAGCGCCGACGUCUUCCAAUUUCCGGGGGAGACAGAGCUUCGAGAGGCGGGUAAUGGGCAUCAGUCUAGGGGCAAAGAGGCAACGCGCAUGUGCGUCAACUGUUCUCUCAACCGCCUCUAUAUUUCCAGAUGCAGGGUACAUUCGAUGCAACGAUUUGCAAUUCGAUCCGACCAGGUUUAUUACAAGUACAUCAGCCAGUUGAUCGAUGAAGGGUAUCCUCAAGGACCGGCUCUCAAGCACGGCGCGUACUACUCGUGUUCGCUAUGCUGCCAACCUGCGUUCUGGAGAUGCUGUGCCGACCAGCGGGUCGAUAAGUAUUUGAGGAAGGUGGAGGAUGGCAAAGGCAGAGGUUGCGGGUUGAUUCUUUGUGAAUCGUGCGUUGCGCAGGUGAAAGCGGAUCAAGGAGUAUUAAAGAGAUCGACAGCGCAGGAGGUCAACGGGCACGAUACUCGACGUGCGGACAUGGAAUUCCUGUUUGCCGGGAGUUUGCUUCACAAGGCCUGGGCCUGA